UGGCAACACCAACUCAAAAUGUCAUUUCGCAUGGCGGUGCGUCCCUUUUUUGCCAAUCAUUCUCGUAUUUUAGUAAAUUUCCCAUUAUUUAUACACGAACAACCAAUUUUGACCCGCCAGAUAAGUUAUAAGUUCAAAUUUGGUGGAAUUAGAAAAGAAUUGUGCGUGUGCGCGUCCACGUCCUCCGCGCCGAAGAUCAUGAGUUUCGAUUAUCCUGUCGCGAGGAGGGAUGAAACCGUCGUCGAUAACUAUCAUGGUGUUUUGAUCAAAGACCCAUACCGCUGGCUAGAAGACCCCGAUUCCAACGAGACCAAAGAGUUCAUAGAGGCAGAGAACAAAAUAACGCGGCCUUACCUAAACGCGUGCCCGGUCAAGUCGGAGAUACACGAGCGACUCACGGAACUGUGGAACUACCCCAAAUACUCCUGUCCUUUCCGCAGGGGCGACAGAUAUUUCUUCUUCAAAAACACUGGCCUACAGAACCAGAAUGUCUUAUACGUGCAAGAUAGCCUCGACGGCGAGCCACGAGUGUUCCUCGACCCCAACACGUUAUCUGAAGAUGGCACCAUCGCGCUAUCAGGCAGUCGCUUCACGGAAGAUGGCGCCACCUUCGCGUACGGACUGUCAGCCAGCGGCUCCGAUUGGAUCACCAUACAUCUGAAGGAUGUUGCUACAGGUAAAGACUACCCUGAAGUGUUAGAAAAGGUUAAAUUCGCGUCGAUGUCAUGGACGAAAGAUCACAAAGGCCUAUUUUAUUCCCGUUACCCCGACCAGACGGGCAAGACAGACGGGUCGGAAACUGAAGUGAACCGCGACCAGAAGCUGUGCUUCCAUCGCCUCAACACCCCGCAGAAGGAUGACGUCAUCGUCGUAGAGUUCCCGGAAGAACCGCUCUGGAGGAUCGGCGCAGAAGUGACAGACUGCGGCAAGUACCUGAUCGUGACUCCAGUGCGGGACUGCCGCGACAACCUGCUGUUCUUCGCCGAGCUCAACGACUACAACAUCACCGGGAAGCUGCCCUUGACUCAGAUCGUGCACAAGUUUGAGGCUGAUUAUGAGUACAUUACCAACGAGGGUUCCGUGUGCAUAUUUCGAACAAAUAAGAACGCUCCGAACUAUAGACUGAUCAAGAUCGACCUCCAAAACCCUCACGAGGACAACUGGCAGACUCUGAUCCCGGAGCACCCCAGUGAUGUGUUGGACUGGGCUUCAGCUGUUGACGGGGACAAACUGGUCAUACAUUAUGUUAGAGAUGUCAAGAGCGUGCUGCAGCUGCGCAGCGCCGCCGCGGGCGCGCUGCUGCUGACGCUGCCGCUGCGCGUGGGCUCGGUGGUCGGCUUCUCGGGGAAGAAGCAGCAGGCGGAGAUCUUCUACCACUUCAUGUCCUUCCUCACGCCCGGCGUCAUCUACCACGUCGACUUCAACAAGACGCCCUACGAACCCACUGUGUUCAGGGAAGUGAAAGUGAAGGGUUUCGAUGCGUCGCAGUACGAGGCUAAGCAAAUAUUCUACUCUAGUAAAGAUGGCACUAAAGUUCCUAUGUUUAUAGUAUCGAAGAAGAAUUUACCAAUGGACGGGUCGAACCCAGCACUUCUGUACGGCUACGGCGGGUUCAACAUCAACAUCCAGCCCUCGUUCAGCGUCACCAGACUCGUGUUCAUGCAACACUUCAACGGCGUCGUCGCUAUACCCAAUAUCCGCGGAGGGGGGGAAUACGGCGAGCGCUGGCACAACGCGGGCCGGCUGCUGAACAAGCAGAACGUGUUCGACGACUUCCAGGCGGCGGCGGAGUAUCUCAUAGCAGAGGGCUACAGCGCCGCGCCGCUCAUCACCAUGCAGGGCGGCUCUAACGGCGGGCUGCUGGUGGCCGCGUGCCUCAACCAGCGGCCCGCGCUCUACGGCGCCGCCAUCGUGCAGGUCGGUGUACUGGACAUGCUGCGGUUCCAGAAGUUCACGAUCGGACACGCGUGGGUGUCAGACUACGGCAGCUCCGACAACAAGACGCAGUUUCAGAACUUGAUCAAGUACAGUCCCCUGCACAACAUCUUUGUACCAGAUGAUCAGCACGGCGAGUACCCGGCGACGCUGGUGCUGACGGCGGACCACGACGACCGCGUGGUGCCGCUGCACUCGCUGAAGUUCAUCGCCGCGCUGCAGCACGCGGCGCGGCUCAGCGCGCGCCAGGCCCGCCCGCUGCUGGCGCGCGUCGACACCAAGGCCGGACACGGCGGCGGCAAGCCCACCACCAAGAUUAUCGAUGAGAACACAGACAUUCUGUGCUUCAUGACGCAAGCACUAGGCCUCAAGUUCGUAAAAUGAACGACACGCCAUAUAGCAACGAAAUAGUAUUAAUGAUCGAGAUGAAAUUAUUAUUAUGUAAAUAGGAGAAUACCACAGCCUGUUGAUUACCUCGGGUCUCCGCGAAGACUGGUGAUAUUGUUACGCAUUGCUACUAUUUUUUUAUUAAUAAAACUUUGUUUUUAUUUUUUA